CUCACAACAUCCGGAUGGCUUUGCGGUACCUGUAAUACCCUAAUGAAGGAGGACUGGUUAUCUCUCUUGGUGUACAGUUGGCCACACAAUGUUGAAUGGAACAAUACCAUAUCUAACAUAUGUCUGGGAAUCUAUUGACAACCUUGACAUUCAUUACUGGAAAUGGGUAUUAUGGGUACUGUACCCAAUCGUCAUAUCUUUCCUGUUACCAUUAAUUAUUCUAUUGUUUUUCUAUGGAAUGGCUUUGUUUCUACAUGUCCAUAACUAUCGACAUCGCCUGCGGGAAGCUUACAGCCAAGACUUUUGGGAUGGAGCAAGAAAGACAGUUUCAGCCUUUUGGGAUGGUCAGGCAAGAAUUUGGCAUGGUUAUGAAAUUGAAGGGUUGGAAAAGAUACCAAAAGAAGGACCAGCACUCUUGAUAUAUUACCAUGGUACCAUACCAAUAGAUUUCUACUACAUUGUAGCUAGGUGUAUGUUAGAAAAAAAUAGACAUAUACGAGCUGUUGGGGAUAACUUCUUAUUUCACAUUCCAGGUUGGAGACUGUUGAUGGAAGUAAUGAGAGUUACACCAGGGACCAUACAGAGUUGUGUUAAUGUUCUGAAGGGUGGUCACCUUUUAGGAAUUGCUCCAGGUGGUGUAAGAGAAGCCUUAUUUGGAGAUGAAUAUUAUCCAGUAAUGUGGGGUAAUCGUAAUGGAUUUGCUAAAGUAGCUAUCCAAGCUAAUGUGCCAAUAUAUCCAGUAUUUACUCAGAAUCUACGUGAGUCUUUCAGAACACCAAGAAUUGGAAGAAGUUGGUUAAGAAGAUUAUAUGAGAAAACUAGAUUACCAAUAGUCCCAAUUUAUGGAUUUUUUCCUGUAAAAAUGAAAACAUUUAUUGGAGAUCCUAUAUAUCCAAAAGAAAACAUGACUCCUGAUGAGUUGGCAGAACAGGUUAAGGAGUCUGUCCAGAAGCUGAUAAAUACUCAUCAGAGAGUCCCAGGGAAUAUACUUAAAGCUUUGAUUGAUAGGUUAGGGUUUGACUUAUCCAAACCAAAACAAAGUUAAAGGAACAACUGUGUUUUUUUAUACUCAGGGUUUUUGAAUGAUCUUUGUUCAACUGUAGCAUUUGUAUAUUAAUGGUGCUAUAUCUGAUGGUCGUUAAAUGUGGUUUGAUGCUUUAAAAGACAAAAAAGUAACUUAAUAUUAUUUAUAGAUGUGUUGAAAACACUGAGAAAAUGCUUUCUCAUCAGGUGUUAAAAUUAUUAAUUGAAAAAUUAAAAUGAAAUUAUGUUGAGAUGCAUUGGUAGACAAAGAAACAAAUUGGUCAAAAAGAUUUUUCAGUCAUCCUUUUGUUAUCUUUUUAAUGAUUUUAUAGAGUAACUAGAACAUUUGUGCUAUAUCAAUAGGUAGUUAAUAAAAGUACUGGUAAUGUUGAUUCACUGUCACCUAGCAAACAAACAAAAAGAAAUCAAUUGUUCCUUGUACACUGUCAAAUAAAUAUGCUGUAUAAAAAUAUAAAUCAGGAUGCAUAAUCAUGGUAGAACUAAGAAGUUGGUUGAAUGAUAAAAUCAUGUAAAUAAAUAUUAACUGAAGUAAUAUAUUACAUUUUAGAGAAAGGAGUUAACAUAAGGGUUUUUCCAAGUACAGCAGAUGAAGGAAAUUUAAGGAAAUUUUUAAGAAAUGUCAAUAAUUCAAAUAGAUAUUGGCAGGUAGGAUUACAAGGUUACAUCAAAUUAGAUUUGUAACUGUUUGUAUAGUCAAGAACUGAUGGAUUUAAAGCUAAGAUCUUAUUGUGUAGAUGCUUCAUUGAACACACAAGUUAAUUAUUUAGAGGUGAAUACAGUGAGAUGUAAUAAACAUGCUUAAAUAAGUGUUUUAAUAAAUUCUUUAGAGUUUGUAAGUAUGAAAUGUGAUCAAGGUUAGAAUAUUCUUACCAUCAGACAAUCUGACAAAGAUAGUGUUUUUCAUUUGAAAUUUUAUUGUGCAGAAUAUCAUGCAAUUCACAGCAAACAUUGUUUUCACACAUGUUGAUAUAAACAAGCUACAUAUGUUGCCAAUCAUGUCUUGUAAUGGAUAGAUAUGAUUUUUGAAGAUAACUUAUGAAAAGCAGACAUUUAUUUACAUGGGACCCUAAAAGUGAUCAACUUGAAAAAAAAAUCAGUCUUUCUGGACUUUGAUGUUAGUCUUUCAUUCAAAUUUAUAAAUGAUUAUUAUAUAGAAUUAGUGCUUAUUUAUAUAUUUAUUCAUUCAUGUUAUUGUGAAUGUGUUCUUUUUCUAAUCUUUAACAAAAGCUAUUGAUAUUAUUGUUUUGGGAACAAGCUGGUUGUUUGUUAUUUAUUGAUAUUUCAUUUGACAUUAGUAAUAUUAUAAUUUUGAUGAUUUGUUUGGUUUUGUAUAUAUAUAUACAGUUUAUUGUCUGUUUAAUAUAAAGAAUAGCUGAUGGAAAUGUUAUCUGAGUGCUACAUAGAAACCUUAAACAUUAACAAAUGCAAUAUUUGAAAUAGAAUACUUUGUACUUAUUGAAACAAGAUUGUGCAGUAAACGUAAAAUACUUCCAGUAAUUUGUUGUCAGGUUUAUAUGAUAGCAGACCUUCCAUGAUAAAAGUAUAUAAUUGAUAAGUUAUUGUAAUUGAACAAAUCUCAAAAAUAUCAUGAUACCAUGGUGAAACACAUCAGACUAUUGUUUUCAUCUACAUCUCAUUUUUUAAAUGAAUCAUAUAUGAAAUAUUUAUUAGUAUAAACACUGCAAUACUGCAACUGUAAUUGUAUGAAUACAGUGCACAGAUUUUGAAAGCUCACAGACUUUAUUUUACAAAAUUUUACUGUACAUUCUGAUCAUAUUUUCUUUUCUUAAUUUUUGGGAAAAGAUUGCCUAUACCAUUAGUUCUGAAACUCUUACAGCAACCUUUAUGUGCUUUAUAAUUUUUUUUAUUAAGUUAUCCUCCUUUUUAUAACUCAUAUUUCCUUCUUUAAUCAUCAUCCUUUCAUCAUCUGCUAGAUUAUUAGUAUGCUUAGUAAUUUAUAAAAAUAAAUAAUUACUAAGCAAGGGAAGUUAAAACUUGACAUGUCUUUGAACUCUUCUCACACCAUAUAAGAUAGGAUCAUGAAAAUUGGUAUGUAAUUAACAGGAUAAGUAUUGUCUGUGUUGUAUGAUAUGGAAUUUUUACAUUAGAAGUGAGACCAGAAUCAUGGGCAAAAAUGACUUUCAGGUUUUCCAGUAACUAAUUUAAUGCUGAAAAGUGUUUGGUGUAAUAGCAAUAUUUGAAUCAUAGCUUAAAUUAUGUAUAAGAAUUAAGCAGAUAAUGUUGGAAAUUUUCUAUGUCCCCUGAAGGCAUGUUGUUUUAAAUUGAUACUAUCAGUAUAACACUGGCACUUGGAUAUGUAGGAUGGCUGCUCUUGCUAUUUAUAUAGAAAUACAGAAUGAACUAUUUUGAUUGAAAUCAUGGGAUAAAAUGAAAGUAUUUAACUUUUUGUUUUAGAUUCAGCUCUACUUUGAUGCAUGUAUGUAAUCAUCUUCAUGAACAAGUUUCAUAUGAGAUUAAGUUAUGAAUGCAAUUUAUAUCCACCUCAUGGAGCAGGAUUUGCUUACCUUUCUGGAGAACCAUAGAUCACCCCUGGUUUUUUGUUGGGGUUUGGAAUGCUCAUUCUUUAGUUUACUAUGUAACUUUAUAUGGACUGUUGUUCGUCUAUACUUGUUUUUAGCUCACCUAAUCUUAAAGGGAUAGUGUGAGCCUUUGCAAUCAUUUGGCAUCAGCCAAUUUUCGUCAUCUACCAUUAUCUUUUACCAAAACAUUUCUCCUCUGAAACUACAAGCCAAAUUAAACCAAACUUAGGCCCACUUUUUCCUGGGGUAUUUACAUUUAAAAAUAUAUACAGUUGAUCCCACUGUCCAACUUACAUAGUUACCAAGGUUAAAAUAGAAUAUAGGGGGGUAUUGUCUAUUGCAUGAAGACCAUUAUAGAUAAGAGAAAAUCCGACAACAGCAAAAAAGUUCAAAAUGUCAAGAUCUCUAUACUGUCUAUUUCAACCAAAUAUGUUGGACAACUCAAUAUUGAAGAUAUUGCACUUAAUGAUGAUUUGUAAAGCCACUAAUUGAGAUGCCCUUCAUUUUACCAUUGUACAGGUCUUUUAGUUAUUGUAGGUUAUUUUUUUCUUAUUAUAAACAAUUGAUUUAUUAUUGCUAUAGAUUUAAUAAGAUACAAAUUUUAUAUACUGAAAAAAGUCAAUACAUCUUGAUGACCUGAAAUAAGUAGAAUUGCAGUUGUUGGAUAAUGUAACCAUUUGUAAUUGCUUCUGACUUUAGUUAUGCCAAUAUGGUGACCUCAGGCUUUGUCAUCACUUGGCAUCUGACAGCAGUCAACCUCCAUGGAAUAUAAAUUGAACUAUCUUUUUAUAAUCUAUUUCGGUAACACUGAAAUAAGCAUUUUUUACUGCAAUAUCAAAGUAGUGUUAUAUACCACCUCGGUGGUCUUGUGGUAGCAUGUUCGCCUCGAGUGCAGGAGGUCAUGGGUUCGAAUCCCAAACCAAAGACUUUAAAAUUGGUAUUUGCUGCUUCUCCGCUAAGCAUGCAGCAUUAAGGAGUAAGAGCAAAGACUGGUCAGCUCGGAGUCAGAAUAAUGCGUCUGUAUAAGGUGACAUGUCUUCCUGCGGACGGUUACCUUGUGAACUAGCAUGCUAAAAAAUCCAGCUCAGCGUGUCGGUCUAGUACAAAACAGGGUUAAUAUUCAUAUAACAUUAACAUGUUCUCAUUCUGAAUAUGCAUAUUAAUUUGCCUCUGGACGUUAAGCAGCCAUCCAUCAUCAUCAUCAUCAAAGUAGUGUUACAAGGUGCUAUAACAAAUAUACAUUUGAAAAGAAAUUUUUUUCCAAGAUAUUUGCCAAGUACAUGUACUUUAAUGCAAAUUUUCUAAAAAAUAAACGUUUAAUUUAGAGUACUAAUCUUUGCUAUUGAGAAAAUAUUGUUACAAUGAGGUGGAAUAAUAUGUUCAAUUUUCAUAAGAUACAUUUUAAGUGACUCGUGUACAAAUCAAUGUUAUAUCACAUUUUCAGUUUUGUUUUGAAUAAAAAUAUUGAAAAUGCA